AUGGCAAAGUUCCGAAAGUGGUUGAAAUAUGACGUUGACUGUGAAUUCAUAUCCAGAGCAGAUCUAGAAGUAAAAAUAUCUCAGGGGAGAUGCCCAUUUGAGCCUAAAAUUGAAAAAACAACGACUACUACGAAGGAACCGAAAAGUUUAUUUUUCAAACGAAAAAGGAAACCUAUUAUAAAAGAAGAUAAAAGUAUAUUUUCCCAUAAUAAUAAAGAGACGGUUGUUCGAGCAAUUGUUGGGAAUAACAAGAUGCAAGAUAUUGAUUGGACUCCGACAAGCUUCCCAGAUUUAGAUUUGAUCGAUGGUUCUAUGGUUACAUUCAAAUGUGAUGAAGAGAACCGAAAAAGGAAUAGAAAAAAGAAUGAAGAAAUUGAGUUCAUUGAGUGGUUUGUUAACGGGAAAAGAAUACAACCCAGCUGGUUCGAUUGGAGAGUUUCUGUUUCGACGGAUGGAAAACUGGGCAUUUGGCCGAUUGGAGUAGGUGACAGUGGACAUUUCGAAUGUUUGUCUAAUGGACAGCUCAGAGCGUCUGUAACUGUGAACGUUGUUUCAGUUUCAAAUGUUCUUAUCAAAGGGCUCAUGAAUUAUUUGUUCGUUUGUGCAGUCUUUUCAAUUGUUACCAUUUCGUUGGGAUGUCUUCUUGGAAAUCGUAAUCAGGAGAUAAAAGAUGUAGAAGUCGAUCGAAUGGAGGAGUUUCUCUCUGAAAAUGUUUUCAAAACCGAUCAGAUGGCAAAAGAAAAAGUUGCUAAAAUAAUAGAGCAACAAAACGUCGUCGAUGAGAGACAACUUCUUGAAAACAAGGCGAAAAGUAAUCGGUCGGCCAUCAUGAUAUUGCUCCAAAACCCAAAGAGAGAGAAUCUGAAAAAGAAAAAAACGGAAGCGGACUCAACCAAUCCUACCGCAUCUACCGGUACGAUAACAGAAGGAGUUGUUACGACUGAAGAAGGGACAGCAACGAAAGGAUCUUCUGAUACGAAUGUAAUAACUACGAAUACAACAGCCACAACAACAAAUAAAACGAAUGACACUGAUGUUGGAACUACAGUUACAAAAACUGUAGAAGAAGAAGAUGUUAAGGAUGGAAAAGAAGAGCAAGGAGGCGAUUCUGAUGAAGAUGACGAUGACGUGGAAACGGAUACAACUUCAAAAGGCUCAACAGCAACAGGCAAAGCUUCGAAAGGAAAAGGGAAGAAGAAAAAAGCAACGAAAGGAAACAAAAAUACAAAAAAGAAUAAGAAGAAGAAUACCGGAAAAGGGAAGAAAAAUAGGAAGGGAUCGAAAGGUUCGAACACGAAAGGAACUGGAAAAGGACCCAAUAAAAAUACAAAAAAUAAGGCGGUUGCGAAACCAGCGAAAAAGAAAAAGUGA